AGCAGCAGCAGAAGAAGGAGUCACUGCCGUCAGUUAGCAUAAGCUUUAGCAGCGCAGGUAGCUCACACCUGAAGAAGAACCCGCGGAAUAAAGCUCACGAGACUCUGCUGACGUGUGAUGCAGGAGACAUGUCUCUGCAGGCCGUGCUGCAGCAGAGGAUCGUGUCCGCCCAGGCGCUGCUGCAGCGGGCGGAGCAGCUGUGUCCUGGUGUGGAAGGUCACCAGAAGCUGUGCGGUAAGCUGCGGGCGGAGCUGCGCUUCCUGCGGCGGGUGGAGGCGGGAGAGCUGCAGGUCAAAGAGUCUCACCUGCACAGCACCAACCUGACUCACCUGACCGCCAUCGUGGAGUCAGUAGAGAGUCUGGAGGGCGUGGUCGCUCUGCUGCACGUCUUCACCUACCAGGAUGCCGCCGGCUCCAGGCAGACGCUGGUGGUGGACGUGGUGGCGAACAGUGGACACACCUGGGUGAAGGCGGUGGGCAGGAAGGCAGAGGCUCUGCACAACAUCUGGCAGGGGCGGGGCCAGUACGGAGACAAGAGCAUCAUCACACAGGCUGAGGACUUCCUGCAGGCCAGCCGCCAGCAGCCCGUCCAGUACCGACACCCCCACAUUGUUUUUGCCUUCUACAACGGCGUCUCCUGCCCCAUGGCCGACCGCCUCAAGGACAUGGGCAUUGCCGUGCGCGGGGACAUUGUCGCUGUCAAUGCCGUAAUGACGGAGGAGGGAGGGGACGAGGAGGAGCAGGAAGAGGAGGAUGAGGAGGAGGAGGAGGAGCCUGCUGAAGACAAAGAUGAAGAAGAGGAGGAGUCUGAGUUGACCAGAGUCGACCGCAGCACAGUGGUGGCCAGCCUGGCGUUUCCCGCCCAGGUAAAGGUGGAGGAGUGUCAGCGCGUGAACCUGGACAUCACCACGCUUAUCACGUACGUGUCAUCGCUGAGCCACGGACGAUGUCACUUCACCUUCAGGGAGCCCGUGCUGACGGAGCAGGCGGCCCAGGAGCGCCGCCAGCAGGUGCUGCCGCAGCUUGAUGCCUUCAUGCAGGGGAAGGAGCUGUUUGCCUGUCGCGCCGCCGUCGCCGACUUCCAGCUGAUCCUGGACACGUUGGGCGGGCCAGGCGAGAAGGAGCGAGCUCAGAAGCUGCUGGCUCGACUGCACCUGGUGGACGACCAACCGUCAGAGCGCACGCUGCGCCUUACACCUAGCGCCAAGGUCAACCACCGCUCGCUCAUGAUCUUCGGCACCGGAGACUCGCUGAGAGCCGUUACCAUGACGGCAAACAGCCGAUUCGUCAGGGCGGCGGCCAAUCAGGGUGUCAGAUACAGCGUGUUCAUCCACCAACCGAGAGCUCUGACCGAGGGCAAGGAGUGGAGAGCCACGCCUGUCUCUGAGCAGGGGCUGAUGGGAGUUUGAGUUCCAUAAACAGUUCAUGUAAAUAUCAUCUGAUCACUAUAUUCACAGAUCAAUAAAGCUUCA